UUCUUUUUUUUUUAAUUUUAUUUUUAGGUCUCUCUUUUUUCUUUUUUCGAUCUUUUUUAUCUCGGGAUAAAAACUGUCAAUGAAUACAGAGAAAAAGCUAGCGAUAGAAAAAAGAGCAAAUAAACGCUUAAAAGUCGGUCGUGCAUGCUAUACCUGUCGCGCCAAGAAAAUUAAAUGCGAUGGUUUACGUCCAUGUAUGCAGUGUAAAGCUCGCCAAAGACCGUGCUCUUUUUAUAAAGACGGGUCUCUAGAAACAGAACCUACUCUAGAAGAACCCUCCAUCGAACAAACUGAAGAAGAACCACUCAUGAACGAACCUAGCACACCCACGACACGACCAACCACGGCUGAUGGCACCAUUCUCUUUGCAGAAACAUCCACCGUCAAUCAUAACAAACUGAAACGACGCGGACCAUUAAUGGAAUCACGCAUCAGUAAUACCUUGAGCGCCUUGGGUGAAAGCAUGCGAAAGAUGACAACCAACACGACCAGUGGUAGUCGACUUGCUGAGAAAUUAUUAAAAUCGUCUGACGCUUAUGGAGGAUUUAUUAUGUGGAUGCCCGAACCUUCUUUACCCAGUCGUUAUUCAGGUUCAAUCGAAAUGCCUUCGCGUGAUAUACAACUCGCUCUUAUCGAUCAAUACUUUAACGAACGACAUGAAAGUAUCGGCAUGAUGAUCAAAUAUUAUUUCUAUGAACAAUUAGAGUCCAAAGGUCUGUUGAUCACGCCUUUAUUGUUAAACGUGAUUUAUGCACACGCUUCGAGAUUUGUUACAUUGCCUGGAUGUCCCAAAACUGAAGUCUUUUAUCAUCGCGCCCGUCGUCUCGUGGACGAUUUUAUGGAUGUACCUCGUGUCAGUACCAUCGUGGCACUUUGUCUGCUUAGCUUGUACGAGCCUAGUCCUGCUAUCUAUCGUCCUGGAUCACACCACUGUAGACAAUGGCAAUAUUCAGGCAUGGCCUGUCGCAUGAGUCUCGAAUUAGGAUUGUACGAUGAUAGUAAUGUCCAUACCAGUCUAAGUCAGGUCGAAAUCGAAUUAAGGCGUCGUGUCUUUUGGGGUUGCUAUGACCUUGACAAGUUUCAGAGUAGCGGAUGGGAACGUCCCUGGAUGAUUUCUCGCUCUUGUAUUCGAACUCAAUUACCCUCGGUUUUACCUCAAGAGUCUGAAGAAGAUGCCUAUGUCACUCAAGUCUACAACGCAAAGCUUAGUUUUGUGAAUAUCGUGGAAGAUAACUUGAUACUCUUUAGCUCCUAUGGCAACGAUCCUUAUCUGGUAGGCACUCAAAAGGACACGAGACAGGUCAAGAUUAACGAAAAUCUCACGAAACACCAAGUCUGGUUACGAUCAUUGGAAGCCAAUAUGCAGUGGACACCCAUCACCAGUAUCUCUGUAAAAGAAGUCCUGGAGAUCCCCGCUGCGAGACCCAUGGUCAACCACCUUCACCUGUACUAUAAUUCAUUGACAUUGGAUUUACUGGGCAAACUAACGAAUAACUCGGUAGCUCAAUUCCAAUCUCGUGUGACGGCCGCUAGUAUGACUCAAUUAGCGCACCAUCUAUGUCAAACACCAUCGUUUGUUGUCAAGUUUGAUUUUAUUGUACAUGCCUUGAUUGCAGCCAUCAAGAUUCAUAUUCACUAUUUAGAUGAUACCGAUGUUCAUCUGGCACAGCAGGCCUGGCUCUUAUUUGAUCGGUCUAUCUGGUGUAUGCAACUCAUUAAUAGCUAUGCAGUCAUUCCUAAUUGUUUGAAAUUCUUGCAACAAGUACAAAAUAUUUAUGGCCUGCAUAUGUCGUCCGAUACAAACUAUAGUAGCUCAUGUUCUCCUUCGCCUAAACUUAAAGGAAUUAUCGAACGUGAUUCACCUCAACAACAACAAGCGACAUUAUCACCUCUUCUUCAACAGCAACAGCAACAGCAACAGCAGCAGCAGCAACAGCAGCAGCAGCAACAGCAACAGCAACAGCAACAUCAGCAGCAACAACAACAGCAACAGCAACAACAACAGCAACAACAACAAAAGACGCAGCAUGUAGCAAACACGACCAACUCGUUUCCCGACAAUCUGGACCAGAUUUUGACGGAUUGGCCUAGUGCGGGAGAAGAAACUAACGCGCGCCAUGAAAUGGUCUAUUUAAAUACGCAUAACACACCAUUGCAUUCUCACUACCCAUCAUUUAAUAACAAUGUUAAUAUUUCCCCACACGCGACUAGAACACAAGCACCACCACCACCACCACUUCCGCAACAACAAGAGCAUGCAUAUACAGCCAAUACAUACACUUCAUCUUCGUCGUCCAACGGUCAGCAACAACAGAGGUUGUGGGACCGUUAUAAACCCAAUUUACCUUAUGACCGCGACAUUGUGGUACCCAGUCAAUUAAAUGAGGACAAUGUAGAUCCACCCAUGUACGGAGGUGGUAACACAACAUUUACAAAUUCCGAGGAUUCCAUUUGGCAACCUACCAGUAGUGAAGAAAAUGAAGGUGAUACACGUAGUAGAGGGUUAGAUAUUUAUAUGUCAUCCAGGCAACAUUAUGAAGAUAUGAUUAAAGGUCCACCAACGCCACAAUAGCCUUUUAUAUAUAUAUAUUUAUGAAUUUUUAUUUAUUUAUUUAUUUAUGCUUUUUUUUUUUUUUUAUUUAAUUUUUUUUUUUUAUACACGCU